CGAUUAACGUCUAUAAACGUUGAUCCUAUGCGAUGCUUAGAAUCAGCUGAGAACACCGACAGAGACGAAAAAUGACGAGCAGCAGGUUCUUCUUCACCAACGGGAUUGUUCUAACCACCUCCGACGCCCCUUCCGUCUCAUCCUUCCUCCAAUCCCAUCCAGGGGCUUACACAACAACUCGCACUCACAACGAUGCUUCCUGCCUCUUGUUUUGGGAAAGACAUUUGCGUAGACUUGCCGAUUCGGCGAGGAUUCUCUGCAGUUCCAGUCCCGAACUUUUUUUCAAGUGUGGAAAAUCUGAGAUUUCCUUGCCAAUUCAAUCAUCAAUUUGGGAGUCCGUGAUUCAGUCCCUUGUUAACGAUUCAUUGAGUAAAGUGUUACCGGUUGCAUCGAGUGAGAGGAGAAGUGGUGAAGAAUUGGCAAUUACGGCUCUUGUUAGUGGUAAUUUAGAGAAAUUGAAGGGAAAUGAAGAGGUUAAUGGUGAUAGAAUAUCUCAGGCUCUUGAUGUGUGUGUGCAUGUCGGGGCUUAUGUUCCUCCGGUGUUUGGUAAACGAGAACAUGGUGCGCAUUUGGCUGUGGUGGGUCGUGGGAGGGAUGUUGCGGCCGCGAAGUAUUCUGAUUGGGUAAGGAUUAGGAAGCCUCUAGAGAAGUUGAAGCCUCCGUUGGCUACUGAACUGUUGUUGUCGAAUGAUGGUGAUCAGAUACUUGAAGGCUGUGUAACGAAUUUCUUUGCUGUGUGCCGCAUAGAUAACAAUGAAGCUGAAGAGAGAUUCUUGAAUGAUAACACAAAUUCAUAUUCUUUUGAAGUCCAAACUGCUCCUCUUAGAGAUGGUGUCCUUCCAGGAGUUAUACGCCAACUUGUGAUUGAAGUAUGCUUGACCAAAGGGAUCCCACUUCGUGAAGUUGCCCCCUCAUGGUCAAAGCAUGAAGCCUGGGAAGAGGCAUUUGUAACAAGUAGCUUAAGACUCAUGCAGCACGUGGAGACGAUUCAAGUUCCAAGUUCAUGGGAAUCACUUGAGUCAAAAACGUGGAGGCAAGUGUCAUGGGAGGAGAAGCAAUUCGAGGAGGGUCCAGGGAUAAUUACAAGGGUAAUCCAGGAAGAGAUAAUGGAGAAGGUAGGCAGUGAAGGUCUCCUUGUAAGCAGCCUCGUAUAAGAGGGGAGGAACUCUGGCAGUGCCUUUGACCCUCUCAUGGAAUGCUUAAAAAACAACCACUGGUAGUCUAAUGAUUAGGAUUUCCAUAUUCAGUAUUCCCCAUUUGCGCUGGUGCCUGCGGAAUUUUGUGUACAUAUUGGAUGCUGAGCCUACACUGGAAAAGUGGUUUACCAUAUGCGCGUUGAAUAGUUUUAUUGGACCACUUGAUGAUUGAAUCCAUUCUGAAUUCAAUGGAUCAUGUACUUUACGCUUUAUGGUUUUAGUGCAAGCUUUUGAAAAUGGAAUUCUAAUUGUAUCCCCCUUCUAUUGUGCAA